UGUCUUCACCACACAAUCAAUCAACUCUCUCUAUCUCUCAAACACACACAAAAUGGGUAUUCCAUUAGAGCUUUCUUCUCUUAGCUGUGGACUGAGAAUCAUACAAGCCAAAAACAUAGAGUUCAUCAAGACCACGGGAAACCUGUUCGUUAGAUACUAUCUUUCUGCAGGGGACAGCAAAAAAAUUAGGCUGAACACUCGAGAAAUCUCCACCAAGUCUGACCACAUCUGGAACGAGUCCAUUUCCUUGGAGUGUAAUGGAAGCGACAGCUUUGUGCGAGAAACUGUGGUUUUUGAGCUCCGGUGGAGGAACACCGUGCCUGUUUUUGGAAGAAUUGGGGGAUCACAACUACUGGGCAGGGCAGAGGUCCCAUGGAAAGAAGUGCUCGAGUCACCAAACAUGGAAUUGGACAAGUGGGUCACGAUGGUUCCAAGAAGUACUAGUGGCCGUGCUCUUGAAGGAGUCAAACCGCCUAAACUACAGGUAUCGAUCAAAGUUGGAGUCCAAGCAGAAGUGGGAAUGGAGAAAAGGAGGCAGAGAAGGACGAAGAAGUGGGAUGAGUGUGGUUGCGAAGAUGGUCACGGUUAUGGUUGCACAUGUUCUGAUUACGAAAUUUUUGCACUAGCAGCUUUGCUAGAGGCUCUUUAGGCUUAAGCAUGAAGGCACCGAGGCAUGUCAGUUGAUGUCAACAUUUUUGCCAACCCUUUUUCUUCUAGGACUGAAAUGUUACAAUCUGGACAGUGGUGAACUUUUAUUUGCAACUGUAUAUAUGAACCAGAGGAUGAGAGAUACAAUCCAAAUGGGUUUUGAGAUAUAAAGUAAUUAACUUGUUCCAUCU